UGUGCUAGUUGGUUGGUCCACGAUUUUUAUAAUAAAAAAAAAAUACCAGAAAAUAUUUAUUCUCUAAUAAAAAAACGUCGUGUUUGUAUAAAUUUUUUGAAAUCGAAUAAAAAACAAAAACGACGAACGACGUCGCUACGGUUUCGUUUCGAGUGUGUGUAUUUUACCAUUUCUUCUUCUAAUAAUCUCCCCUUUUAAUAGAAAUUAGAACCAAAAAAAAAAAAUAAGAAAAAGUGCAAACACAAAAGAAAAAAAAUUCCAAUUUCGAAUGCACGAAAAAAGUGCUACGCAAAAUCAAUAAUAAUAAAAAAAGUGCACAACAGCACAAAAAAAAAAUGUGUGUUUUUAAAAAAUAAAACCAUCUUUCUUUCACGACCGAAAUGUGAGAUGUAAAUAGGCUGUGGCAUCUUUAACACAGCCUCCAAAAAAAAAAAUUCAUUUAAAAAAUUCAAAAUAAAAAAAAAGAAAAAAUAUUUCCAAUAAAAAAAAUCAAAGAGUUGCAAAGAAUUCCAAAGUGAAUUUAUUCUGUGAAAGAAAAUAAAGUAAAAAAUCCAACUCGAAUUCAAGAAAAAAAAAGAAGGAAAUUCUGGAAAUAAAAUUUGUCUUUUCUUUUUUUAAGUUCUUCUUUCUAAAAAUAGUUUCCUCUCGAAUCUCGAAAUGAGUGUAUUUAGUGACUUCCAACGCUUGUGGAUGCAACGCUUCCCCCAAAGUUCCCUUUCGGACGCCUGGGAGCAGGACGUCCGCGCCAGUCUCGAACGUCACAAACAGAAAAUCCUCGAAAUUAGCAAGGAACUCGAACAGGAAACUUUGUAUGUGGAAUAUCUGGAAAGAUUGUUAUCCGAUGUGGAGAAGUAUAAAGAAACGGGUGGAGAUCCAACAACACUUUUCGAAGCUGCGACAACUACAAGCAAUUCACAGCAGCAGCAAGCAGCUGCUGCUACAACAACGAUGGCUUCCAUUGAGGAAUCAUCUUUGACAAGUUCGGUGGAGACUGCUCCAACGCUGACCACAGUUGGCCUUCGGGAUAGUUUGAAUGGGAGCAGCAGCGGCAGUCAUAAGAUGAACGACAACAAACAGGUUGAGGAGAGCGUAAAUUUCCGGGACGACCGUGAUAGUCAUAAAAAUUCUGCAAGUCGCGAAAGCAGCAACAAACGCGGCAGCUACAAGGAAACAACAAACAAUGGUAGCACAAGCGCAUUGGACAAUAGAAAUAGCAUUAAACAAUUAGAUUCAACCACAACAACAUCAACAACAACAGAUGAUAAAGAUUCUCGAACAGAAAAAGAUAUAAAAAAUAUGCAAAUACAAAAGAAUGGAGCUCUUAAUCAAUGCAUUACAGAACUGGCAUCUGGUUUCAAGGCAGCCGAGAUAAAUGCGGAACAACUACAGCAACAGUCUCAGAAGCAAAAGCAGCAACAAAUUGUUGGUGGCGGAGGUGGAAAAUCAUCAUCUGAUUCAAAGAAUGGUGGAAUCGAUUUUGCUGGAGGUUUAGAUAAUAGCAAUCAUCGAUCAUCAUCGGACAACAAACCGUCACAUUUUGUAACAGUUAUCGAAGUAAAUGAGCCAAUAAUUAUAGUGGAGCCCAGUAAUGCUACCACCUCCACAAAUAAUGAACAUCAUCAACCCACACAACAGUCUGUUGCAGCCGUUGCAGCUGAAGUUGUUCCAGUAAGUUGUGCGUCGGCAACGCCAGAAACCAUUGUUGCCAGCGAUUAUGCGAGUGGUGAAAAUGAGCUAACAUUUAGUAGUUUUGAUAGAAAAUCAUCAAAAAUUGAACCAUCUGCUCCGCCAAUGUCACCGGCUAUGACAUCUUCAACUUCGGUUGCAGCAAUGUCAUCAGCAUCGACAUCGCCCUCGGCAACGCUUAUGACAUCGUCAUCAUCGUUGAUUAUGUCGAAUAUUGAUGCAAAGAAAAAGGUGCCACCCAGACCACCGCCGAAAUACAUGCGACGUGUAGAACCACCAACAGUCCCCGGAGGCAAUAUUCAGCUAUCGUCAUCGCCAAAACGUGACUUAUCGUCUACGACAACAGUUGGUAAUAUCCUUUAUGAGAGAGGAAACAGUCAUAUAGGUAUUACAACAACUAGCAGCAGUGGUGUGAGUAGUGGUGGUUCCUUGUCAAACAAUAACAGUCCUUCGAGUUCGCUUGAACGUAAUAUCAAACCAUCGGAUAUAUUACGACAAAAGUCAUCUGACUCAUUGGAGGCCAAAUCAUUUGCGGGCAAUCGCAAGACAACCCCUGAAAUGGGUAAACUGGGAGCUGGUUUAAAGGCCAACGAUUUAGUGGAAGAGUUUGGUCGUAAGAUAGCAAAAACUGAAAGUUUAGAGAAAACAAAACGCAGUGGCGAUGGUAUUACAAAACUGAAUCAUAGUCCCACGGGGAGUUUGGGCAAAACGAGUGUCGGUGGUGGAAAUGGUGGAGUGGGAGCUUCACCCACUGGAAGUUUGAGUAAGUUCAGUAGUGCCAGAUAUGGAAAUGGUGUGAUUGCAGGAGAUAAUGCAUCGCCAAAUACAGGAAGCUUAGAGAAGAUGAAACUAAAUGAUGGCAGCAGCAGCAAUGGACGAAAUGGUGGUAAUGGUAGUGGAGGUGGAGGAAAUUUUCUAGAAACUAGUCUGCAUAGUCUUGGAUCGAAGGAGUCAUUGGCUUCGCAGGGCAAUAUCUCUGAAAUUAUAAAAAGCUACGAAUCGAUCUCUUCACUUAGUUCAGAUAGCACCAAAGCACAGAACCUCGACAACGAACCAUACUACGAUACGGUACCAAUGGAUAACGGUGAUGGUGAAUAUGUAUCUCUAGUACCUGGAGGAUCUGUGUCAACAUCAAGUCGCGAUGAUUUAUCAACGGCAGGAAGUACAUUACCAAUUGGCAGCGGUCCAUACCACCACAAUCAGCAUCUACAACACCAUCAUCAUUCGUCGUCUAGUCGCAGCCACAUGAGCAGUCAGACGAGUGUAGUAGAACCAGAAUCUCCUGGCCGUACCUCAAACUAUGUCAACAUUGACUACUUCUUGCACCAAAGAACCGAGACACGAUCGAGUUCACUGGACAGCGAUGGUGAAGGUGAUGGUCCAACACAAAUGCGUACAACAACGCACGAUGAACAAACAUCACAGACUCCAAGUGCUUUAAGAAAGAGUUUAGUUUCGGCAAUACUCGCUUCCGGUAGUGCACGUGGCAACAAAAUCCGAUCGAUUCUCAAUGGAAUCAUUGAAAGCGAGAAAAUCUAUGUCGAAUGCUUAAACACCAUGAUCCAGUAUAAAAAAGCAUUCCAUGCCACUCAUGGUACAUCUCAGCCUGUGAUGCGGAUCGACGAAGAAAACACAAUCUUCUACAAAAUCGAUGAACUCCAUGCUGUCCAUACAGAUUUCUUGAGUGACUUACGUUCAAUCGUUCGCAAUGAAGGUGGCGAUGUUUUAGUAGGAGAUGCCUUCAAACGUCUCGCAGACAUGUUCACUUUGUAUAGUGCUUUCCUUCAUAAUUACGGACAAGCUAUUGAGACGGUCAAAAAAUGCAGUGCCAAUAAUCCACAAUUCAAAACAAUCGUCUCGAAAAUAGUCUUGAACUAUAGCGAACAAAAUCCACCCUCAAUGCAGACACUCGAAGAUUUAUUACACAAACCCGUUGCAAGGGUUCAAAUCAAUGCUCUAGUAUUCAAUGAUCUUCUUAAUGAAACACCACCGAAUCAUCCAGAUCAUCAGGCCUUACGGCAAGCCCAAAAGACCAUACAUGCAUUUUUGAAACAAUUCAAUGUUGUCAAUCAGCGACUUCCUUCGGAAUCUAAUAAAAACCUCCGAAGAAUGGUUAAAAACUCUUUCAUUGUAGAACUAGUCGAUGGACAUCGAAAAUUGCGACAUUUAUUCCUUUUCAACGAUGUAAUUGCAUGUGCCAAACACAAGGGUUCUGGUCGUGAUCGACUUGAAUACGAACUGAAAUGGUUUAUCCCAUUGAAAGAUGUCGCCACAUAUGAAGAAGAUGCAAGUAGUGAUUUCAAAGAAUCCUCACCAGCGAAUAUUUUGCAAUUGAAGACGCAAGCUUGUACGGUACGUGAUCAAAUUUUGCUCGAGGAGAAGGAUGACAAAAAGUCUAGGGCAAAUGGAUUACGUUCGGGAGAUAAGUACCGCCGCAAAUUAGCCGAUCUCGAGUCCCAGCUGGUGCUGGCUUCACCCAAUUUAGUAUUUAGAAUAGGCAAUAAGGCCACUAAUAAGACGAUGACAUUCUUCUUGAGUUCGGACUUUGAACGAACGCAAUGGAUUGAAUCGAUUAAAUCGUUGAAGGAUCAACUAUACAACAUUCCCGGAGCAAAUGCAAUCAAUGCCUUAGAUGUCCACGCAUACAUUUUGGCUAUGCAAAAAGGCAUGAAGGCUGAGAUGGGUUCCUAUUUGUUGCGUAACAACAACGACGAGAGUCUACUGGUUGGGGAUCUUCAUAUGACUGUACAAGGAUUGACGGGUCUCGAUCAUCCAGCAGAUUUGUAUAUUUGCAUUGAAGUAGAUUCGUAUGGGCAUUAUUUCCGUAAAGCUACAACGAAAAUGGUUUGCCGAAGUACAAGUCCAUUGUGGAAUGAGAGUUUUGUUUUAGAAUUGGAGGGUAGUCAAAAUGUUCGAAUUUUGUUGUAUGAAGCCCGUGACAUGCCCUUAUUGAGGGCGAAAUAUAUUUUAAAGUUGAGUCGUACAUGGUUACAAGAGACACCAACGAACAAAGUGAUAAAACUAAGUGAUACCAUCACGUUAAACACUUCCCUAAGAUUUGUCCCCGGCGAAGUUACACUGAGGAGAGUACCGACAUCUAAGCCAGGUGCAUUAUUCGGUGCCAAAAUGAGUCAAAUUUUAAAACGUGAAAAACGUGACAUUCCGUUCAUCAUAAGCGCCUGUGUUCGUGAAGUAGAAAGACGUGGUAUGACGGAAGUGGGCAUUUAUCGAGUUAGUGGAUCAGCGUCAGAUCUAGCCAAACUAAAGAAGUCAUUUGAAACAAAUGCAUAUGAGGCUGAACAAAUGUUAAAAGACGUUGAUAUACACUCGGUGACUGGUAUUCUCAAAUCAUAUUUGAGAGAACUACCCGAAGCUCUAUUCACCGAUUUAUUAUAUCCUGAACUAUUUGAGACAUUCAAUCAAUUUAGCAAUAAUAAUGAAACAGCCCGCAUAAAGGAGCUAUUAUCGAUAUUUGAAAAACUUCCGAUAGCAAAUAAAGCUUCGAUAAAUCAUAUUUUAGAUCAUUUAAUAAGAGUAAACCGACAAGAGGCCGAUAAUAAAAUGUCAUUACACAAUUUGGCAAUGGUAUUUGGUCCAACACUCCUGCGCCCUGGUCAAACGCAAAUCAAGCAAAAAGAUAUGCUUGCUUCGAGUACUGUUGAUGUGAUGGCCCAAGCUGGCAUUUUGUAUUGCUUCCUGCAGGCACGCCUCAAAAAGGAUUAGUGUUUGCAAAUACAGCGAGCACUAGCCUAUCAGAUGUUGUGCUCGCCGAGUAGCUUGAAGAAGGCUUCACGUCUUUUUCCAUUGUAAAUACCAAAAGAGUUUUAUUAUAUUUUAUUUUAUUUGAUUUUUUUUUUGUUUAAUGUUUUAAUUUUGUUUAAUUAAUUAUUAUAUAUUCUUCGCUCCUAUUAAAAAAAAAAUAAUAAAAGUUCUCCAAUGUAAACUAAAUAUUAUUAAACUAUAAUUAUUAUUCACUACUAUAUCACUUUAAAUAUAGAGUUCCACUUAAAACAACACACAUUUAACUUUAGACAAAAAAAAAGAAAAGAAAGUUGUUAAAUUAGAGAAAAAUAAUAAUAAUAAAAAAAGAACUUAUUUAUGGAGAAUAAUUAUAAUAGAGA